UCCGCGCUCGUCCCUCCCCUCGCCCGGCAGGCGGCUUCCCGUUAGACUGGACCCGCCGAAGAGCUGACGUCCAUUUGGCCCCCGGAGGCGGCGCCAAGCCCUCUCGUCCUGGGCAGUGUUGAGGGCUUGGUUCUUAGAAUCAGUGUCCCGAAGCCGUCCUGAGCUUUAAACCGGAGCCCUUUUUGGCUGUUUGAAUCUCCUGUGCUCUCCGGGUGCGGCUCAAACCUAGUGCGACCUUCAGUAGUUUCCUCUGCCCAUCCCACUCCUUGGGGGAAGUGAGGGUCAUUUAUGUUUGCUGCCUGAUGCAUCCCCACAAUAGCUAUGGAGAACAGCUGAAGAAGUCCAAAGGAGAGAGUCUGAGCAGUAGUAGUACCUUCCAUCCUGCAAAGUUCUUCCUUCUCACUGGAAGAGUCUCCACCCCCAGGAAGCUUCCUGUGGAAUCAAUCCAGAUUGUAUUAGAGGAACUGAGGAAGAAAGGGAACCUCGAGUGGUUGGAUAAGAACAAGUCUAGCUUCCUGAUCAUGUGGCGGAGGCCAGAAGAAUGGGGGAAACUCAUUUAUCAGUGGGUUUCCAGGAGUGGUCAGAACAACUCCGUGUUCACCCUGUAUGAACUGACCAGCGGGGAGGACACAGAGGGUGAAGAGUUCCACGGGCUGGAUGAGGCAACCCUCCUGCGGGCUCUGCAGGCCCUGCAGCAGGAGCACAAGGCUGAGAUCAUCACCCUGAGUGACAGCCGAGGUGUCAAGUUCUUCUAGCAGAGCCUGUUGCCUUGGCGUCUCUCCUCCAGCCCUCCCAGACUGUGUCUGUGACCCAUGGGGCUCCAGGCUGACAGCUGGACACAGGGAUGGGGUCCCGUGCUCUACUGUCUGCCCUUGGGGGCAGGAGCCCAGGAUGCAGGGCGAAGAGACAUGCUCCUUGUGCCCGCCCUCCAGCCCACACGGCCUUGGGCCCAGGUCUGCGAACCCGUGUGGCCCUCGGUGUCUGCGCAGCCUGUGCCUCCCUCCCUGCCUGUCCCAGGCUGGUGCUGGGGCCUCUGAGGGCCAGGUAGCCCUGGCUGCUGGCGCCUUCCACGGCCCCU